AUGGCGUUGAGUAUCACGCAUCAGAUUGGGGCGCUUGCCGGAACGCCGGUGACUUCGGAAGCAAGUAACAUCUCAGCCGGUGAAGCGUCUUUGGCAGUGAAUACGGCGAUGUUGAGGAAGUCCUCAGCGUCGCCUCUUAGAUGUAGAGUGCAGAGGACGGAUGGAGUAGAUGCGCUGUCGCCGCCGUUGAGUCCUUGCAGAUCGCCGGUGCUUGGAGGGAUACGGCCGGAUUUGUCGGUGGCGUGUCAAGCGUUCGCGACGGAGGUAGAGGCUCCGACGGAGGUGAGGGAGUAUAAAGAAGAAGGUGAGAAGGGGAAGGAGAAAGGAGUUCCAGUGUAUGUGAUGAUGCCGUUGGACAGUGUGACGAUGGAGAAUACGGUGAAUAGGAGGAAGGCGAUGAACGCGAGUUUACAAGCGUUGAAGAGCGCCGGAGUUGAGGGGAUUAUGAUGGAUGUGUGGUGGGGAUUGGUGGAGAGAGAUUCGCCUGGUUCGUACAACUGGGGAGGCUAUACAGAGCUUCUAGAAAUGGCUAAAAAGCACGGCCUCAAAGUCCAAGCCGUCAUGUCCUUCCAUCAAUGUGGCGGAAACGUUGGUGACUCUGUCACUAUUCCUUUACCUAAAUGGGCUGUGGAAGAGAUGGACAAAGAUCCAGACCUUGCGUAUACCGAUCAAUGGGGGAGAAGGAAUUAUGAAUACAUAUCAUUGGGAUGCGACACCCUUCCUGUUCUUAAAGGCCGAACGCCUGUCCAGUGUUACGCAGACUUCAUGCGCGCUUUCAAGGACAAUUUCAAGCACCUUCUUGGUGACACCAUUGUGGAAAUCCAAGUGGGAAUGGGCCCAGCUGGUGAGCUCCGUUAUCCAUCCUACCCUGAGCAAAAUGGGACAUGGAAAUUUCCAGGAAUUGGAGCCUUCCAAUGCUUUGAUAAGUAUAUGCUGAGUAGUCUAAAAGCUGCUGCUGAAGCAUCCGGUAAACCUGAAUGGGGCAGCACAGGCCCAACAGAUGCCGGAGGCUACCACAGCUGGCCAGAAGACAACCCAUUUUUCCGGAAAGAAGGUGGUGGCUGGAACUCGACAUACGGCGAAUUCUUCCUUACCUGGUACUCCCAAAUGCUGUUAGACCACGGAGAUAGAAUCCUCACAGCAGCCACCUCAAUUUUUGAGAAAACCGGUGUCAAGAUAUCAGUGAAGAUUGCUGGAAUCCAUUGGCAUUACGGCCACCGCUCACAUGCCCCAGAGCUCACUGCAGGCUACUACAACACACGGUACCGCGAUGGAUAUCUCCCAAUUGCUCGUAUGCUAGCUCGCCAUGGUGCAAUCUUCAACUUCACUUGCAUCGAGAUGCGCGACCACGAGCAACCCCAGGAUGCCCUAUGUGCCCCGGAGAAGCUGGUCCGGCAGGUAGCUCAAGCCACCCACAAAGCACAAGUACCUCUUGCAGGGGAAAAUGCUCUGCCUAGAUACGAUGAAUUUGCCCACGAACAGAUCCUGCAGGCUUCGUCUUUCGUUGGGGAUGAGGAUUCAAAGGAAAGUGAAAUGUGUGCCUUCACAUAUCUGAGAAUGAAUCCUCACUUGUUUGAGGCAGAGAACUGGAGAAGAUUUGUGGCCUUUGUGAAGAAGAUGAAGGAAGGGAAGAACCCGGAUAAGUGUUGGGAGCAAGUGGAGAGGGAAGCCGAGCAUUUUGUUCAUGUUACUCAACCAUUAGUUCAAGAAGCUGCUGUUGCACUCAUGCAUUAGAAGAGAAGAGAAGAGAAAAAAAGAAAAAAGGAAGGUUCAUUACUAUCAAAUAUUUUAGUGUUGUUGUAUACUCCAUAGGUUCAAUAAUGGUUAUCUGUUUUUCUUUCUACUCUGCUAUGCGUUUUCUGUAGCUCUCGGGUUUUAGUUUGAUGUAGCUAUGGAAAAAAAGAUUUGGGGAUGUUUGAAAACCCUUGUCAAAUAAAAUACCUAUUUGUAUCUUGAUUUUUA